AUGGGUUGUUGUAUGAGCUCCAGAGCAGUAAGAGAGCCGCAUCAACCCAAAGCCCCAGACUACCACCGUCCUCCACCAAAACGUCCUGCACCAGAACCCAAGAGCUCUCAUGUUCCCAUAACUUCACUUGAUGAAGAAACAGUCAAAGAAGUCCUUUCUGAAACCCCCAUCCCAAAAGUACCACAAAUGAGUCCAUCACCACAACAGAAAAACACCCAAAACCCCGUCGUUUAUGAACCUAAAAGCCAAGAGAACAAACGCAAAGAAGAGAAGGAAGAAGAAGUAGAAAGAACCCCUGAAAUCUCUCAAGCCUCAGAGAUUUGCAGCGUUACUAACACUUACUCAACUGCAACAACAGCGACAACUGCUACUGCUGUAACAGAGAUAAGAGAUGACGAAGUAACGAGCAAGAAAAGAGUCAACAGAUCUCCAUCGAAACUCCCCAGAAAGCGUCCGUACAAUGGCGAGAGAGAAAGAGGAAUAAAACCUCCGGGAAAGAGGGAGUUAUCAAGUCAAGCGACGACUACACAGCGUAAUGUGGGGUCUAGCAGAGUCGGAAGGGAUCUAGGUGAGAGGUCUGCCCGGCGAUCAAGGUCACCGGCGACGCGGAAGACGUCCGGUGGUGUUUCAAGGGGUGGUCGUGCGGGAGGGAGCCCAGCAAAUGUGACUGGAAAAUCCGGUGGCAGGCGAGGGGAAGCAGGGAGUGGAGUAAAGAAAGAGGAGAAAAGAGAAGAAAACGACAGCGUUUUGAUGCAGCAGCAGCAGGGGAAUGAGCCUGUUUCUCUUGAGAACCCACUUCUGUCCUUUGAAUGUUUCAUCUUUGUGUAA